CCGCUGAGGACGGCUACUUUAGGAGCAGCACCAAACACUGGAUGCUUCAGAGGGCAGCAGCUAUGAACAGAUGCUUGAGCGGAUGACCACGACUGUGGAGAAGAUCAGUAGAAGACGACGCACUACUGCGCCCGUGUUCAGCAGGAGCAUUUCCUCCAAUUCAAAGUGAGACUGAAGAAGAAAAAAACUGAGGAAAAGUAUCUUGAGGGAGUGAAAUUCCUUCCAUCACAGCUUCAUCCCAGUUGUUGCACCAGUCCUGUUGGUCCAUCCACCAUGGACCGCUCCGCUCAGGAACUCUUCCUCAACUUCAUGAUUGUCUUAAUCACCGUACUGCUGAUGUGGCUGUUGGUGAAAAUGUACCAGGACUGAAGCACUAAGAACCAAGAGACGGGCGGGGUGCAAAACGAUGAGAAGAGGCUGCAAGGGGGGCACUUUAGUCCCGGGAUUGUGUUUACGUGUUUCCUUUUAGGGUCACUGGUCUGAUCCUGGGCCCCAUCGUUCAUAUGAGCUCAAAUAUCAGUCAUGGCUCUCUCUGACAACAUCCACGUUUGUACUCUUCAAUAAUACAGCUGCAUGUUUCAGGCAGGUGCCAAAAAGUAAUGGGAGGUGGGAAUAAAAAUGCAAUAACAGUUCAUUUUCAAUGGAAUGAAGCUGCUCGGCGCUGAACUGUCAAAAUAAAAUGCUGCUGUCUCUGUUA